UAAAAAAUACAGUCCCGAGCGUUGCACGUCGUCUGGAGUUUCCGUGACUGCUGACUGCAUUCAACCAGGAAAAAAACAUUUUACACAACAAUGUCUGGAUCCGCACGUGCAGGUUCCUCGUCCGGGCUUUCAUUGCCUAAAUGGCAAAUAGCUUUAGCUAUUGGAGCUCCAGUAGCCUUAGGACUCGGUAUAUGGUAUUAUCGAUCGAGGAAAACUGGAAUUCAGCCUGCAGACAAGGAAGACAAGCAGAGCAAGAAAAGUGUAGAAGAUGUAGCUACUAGUGUCACAGUCACUGGUGAAACUCAACCACCCAAGAAAGCCAACGGAAUAGAUAACAGCACUGGAAAAAGUGCUGCUCCAGUGGUAGAAGAAGACCCUAACAAGCAGGCCCAAACAUACAAGAACAAAGGCAAUAAGUAUUUCAAAGAAGGCAAAUAUUCAGAUGCGAUCAAGUGCUACCAACAAGCCAUAGAUAUCUGUCCAAAAGACAACACAGAUAUUUCCCUUUUCCACCAGAACCGGGCAGCCGCCUUUGAACAACUGAAAAACUAUGAAGCUGUCAUUAAAGACUGCACAGAAGCUCUCCAGUACAACUCAAAGUAUGUCAAAGCUCUGCACAGAAGAGCAAAGGCCUAUGAAAUAACAAAGCAGUUAGAGGCAUGCUUAGAAGAUAUUACCGCUGUAUGCAUAUUGGAGGCCUUUCAGAAUCAGUCAUCAUUAUUGAUGGCUGAUAGAGUGCUUAAAGAUUUAGGGAAGGAACAUGCCAAAGAAGCCAUGCUAAACCGACAGUCUGUCAUUCCGUCCAAACACUCUGUCAACACUUUCAUGUGUUCUUUUGCGGAAGACCCCGUUUUUAAUCUACUAAAACAGGACAAUACGAUGCAACCAGAAACAGAUGAAGAAAAGAGCUAUUUCGCCAAAGCCUUGGACAAGUUGAGAGAGAAAGAAUUCGACCCCAUUAUUGAAUUGUGCACGAAUGAACUCGAAUCUGAAGCGGGUGACAUAACAAUCAAAAGACUUGCAAGGCUUCUACGAGGAACGUUCCUUUCCCUACUUGGCGAGCAUGAAAAAGCCUUGGACGAUUUUUCUUCAGUAUUCAACGACCCUGAAACAGACCCCAAGGUUAGGGUGAACGCCUUGGUGAAAAGGGCCACUCUCCGGAUGCAACUUGGUUCCCCUGAAGAAAGUUUACACGAUUUGCUGAUGGCCGCCGAGCUCGGGCCAGAAAAUGCUGACGUCUUCCAUCACAGAGGACAGGUUUACAUGUUGCUGGAUCAAGCCAGUGAAGCCAUGAGUGAUUUCGCCAAAGCUGUUUCUCUGAAUGGAGAUUUUCCCAUUGCUCUUGUCCAGAAGCUCUACACAGACUACCGAGCCGCUGUAGCGAUGAGCAACGCCGGAGAAGUCGUUGCAUCAUUGGCAGCGUUCGAAGAUGCCAUCCGCCGAUUCCCUACUUGCCCUGAAUGCUUCCUUCUCUAUGCACAAGUGUUGUCUGAUCAACAAGAGUUUGUGAAGGCCGACGAGUUGUUUAUGAAAGCUCUUGAAGUGGACCCUCACAACGCCACUGCAUAUGUGCAUAGAGGUCUGCUCCAGCUGCAGUCUACUGGUAACGUUGAAUUGGCAACUAAGCAUAUCGAAGAGGCUAUACGAAUGGAUGACAAGUGCGAAUUCGCAUACGAGACUCUUGGUACGAUCGAAGUUCAACGCGGCAACCUACGACGGGCGAUCGAGCUUUUUGAUAAAGCUAUUCCGUUAUCGAAAACGGAAGCCGAGGUUUCGCACCUCUUUUCAUUGAAAGAUGCAGCUCUGGCCCAACUUAAAGUGGCCCUUAAUCUUGGCGUCACCCUACCUUCUGCCAUGAACUGAUGACGACUAAGAAAGAAAAAGAAAAAAAACGAUUUGACUAUUUCCUGAAUUCCCUGUAGACUUAAGUCUUUCACAACUUAUUAUGGAAUCGACCUUAAAACGCAAAUUUAGCUUGAAUAACCGAGUCACCGUCUUGUUCGUCAGGGUUUGUUUUGUUAAAUGUGGGUAGUAAUAUUUGUAAUAAAAGAAACAAGAACAA